GGCGUUUCCACGUACGUAAGGACGACGGCGAGGGUGUGGACGUACCUACCGGAGCAUUCAAUCUUUCACAGAUAACACACACUGCAAAUAACUUCUGCUGUGCCUGAGUAGUCAGCCGGGCACAGCUGAAUAAACCCGGUUUGUGUGUGUCAGCAAGCAUCCCUGAUUGUGUCCCACACUGUCCUAGAUGAGGGACGGAUGCUUGCCAGGACCCAUCUGAAUUCCUCUGCCUUCAUCUCUUAUCUGACCCAGUACUCCCAGUGCAGUUGUGUAGCCACCCCUCACAGCGCAAGUGUAACUUAACAGAGGAAGAAUAAGCCACCCAUCAUGGAUGAUAUCUUCACACAGUGCCGGGAAGGCAACGCAGUAGCGGUCCGCUUAUGGUUGGACAACACCGAGAAUGACCUCAAUCAAGGGGAUGACCACGGCUUCAGUCCUCUUCACUGGGCAUGCAGGGAGGGCCGCUCCAGUGUGGUUGACAUGCUCAUCAUGAGAGGAGCCCGCAUUAAUGUCAUGAACCGUGGAGAUGACACGCCUCUGCACCUGGCUGCCAGCCAUGGCCAUCGUGAUAUUGUGGGAAAGCUGAUCCAGUGCAAAGCAGACACUAACACUGCCAAUGAACAUGGCAACACACCACUGCAUUACGCCUGCUUCUGGGGCCAAGACCUAGUGGCUGAGGACCUUGUGGCUAACGGGGCACAAGUGAGCAUUUGUAACAAAUAUGGAGAAACUCCUCUGGACAAAGCCAAACCUCAUCUGCGUGAUCUCCUCAGAGAAAAAGCAGAAAAAUUGGGACAGAACUUGACUAAAAUUCCCUUCAAGGACACAUUCUGGAAAGGCACCACUAGAACACGACCCCGCAAUGGCACUUUGAACAAACAUGCAGGCAUUGACUACAAACAGCUCUCUCUCCUGGCUAAGAUAAAUGAGAACCAGUCCGGAGAGCUCUGGCAAGGGCGCUGGCAAGGAACUGAAAUUGUUGUUAAAGUGCUAAAGGUUCGUGACUGGACCACAAGGAAGAGCAGAGACUUCAAUGAGGAGUAUCCCAAGCUCAGGAUAUUUUCUCACCCGAAUGUCCUACCCAUGUUGGGAGCAUGUCAGUCUCCUCCUGCCCCUCACCCCAUCAUCAUCACACACUGGAUGCCUUAUGGCUCGCUCUACAAUGUGCUGCAUGAAGGCACCAACUUCGUGGUGGACCAGACGCAGGCAGUGAAGUUUGCCCUGGACAUUGCCUGUGGAAUGGCCUUCUUACACACACUUGAACCCAUGAUCCCUCGCCACUAUCUCAACAGCAAGAGUGUUAUGAUUGAUGAGGACAUGACGGCCAGGAUCAGCAUGUCAGAUGUAAAGUUCUCCUUCCAAUGUCCUGGCAGGAUGUAUUCACCUGCAUGGGUAGCCCCUGAAGCCCUGCAGAAGAAGCCUGAGGAGAUCAACCGUCGCUCAGCAGACAUGUGGAGCUUCGCUGUGCUGCUGUGGGAGCUGGUGACCAGAGAGGUGCCCUUUGCUGACCUGUCCAACAUGGAGAUAGGCAUGAAGAUCGCCUUAGAGGGUUUGAGACCCACAAUCCCCCCUGGCAUCUCACCACACAUCUGCAAGCUCAUGAAGAUAUGCAUGAACGAAGACCCAGCGAAGAGGCCUAAAUUUGACAUGAUUGUGCCAAUUCUGGAAAAAAUGCAGGACAAGUGAAAAACCUCUUCUGUCCUCCUCAAAUGAACCCCCUGAAAUACCGGAUAUCUUAACCCCAGAUAUCGUUCUGAUAUGGUGGUGUGGUGCUUACCAGUAUUGCCUUAAACUCUUACUCUACCGCUGCACUUGACGUCACUGUAGCUUCUGCUUCUGAAACAAAUCCAGCAGCAGUCACUGAUUUUAUUAUGUUUUUUUUUUUCAUUGUUUCCCCUAAAGCUAUCAAGACAAGUUUAUAUUAGUAUGUUCAUCUUUGACAUUGAUGCAACAUGUCAUCGCAGAAGAUCAAUAUCGACUUUUCCAACUUCUAAGCUGUAAUAUGUGGACUUAGUACAGCCUUCUGUCUGUGACUGAAUAACCUGUGGAGGUCAGGAUGGCAGCGUUCUGCAUUGCUUCCUAUAAUUUCAAGCCUUUUUUUUUUUUUUUUUUUUUUUUUUUUAACCUCUGGAGUGGGCUCACUAUCUAAAACUCACACUGUACGCAACCUGCUCACCUAUGACGGGGAAGCUUGUAAUAAAACAAAUACAUGUUGUUUUAACUCAAAGCUUGUCUCGUGGACAAUGUGUUUGAUAUGUUUGUUGUAAUAACAACAAAAUGUAUGCAACUGGUUAAGCAUAACUGUCUGAGACCAAGCUUUCCAUCAUGUAACAUCGUUAAGGGAAUGAGUAUGAAUGAGUGGUUGCCAUGAGAGUAUUAUUAUUAUUAUUAUUAUUUUUA